AUGAGCCAAAUUCGAAGUAAUAUUCUUUGGUUUUGUCAAAUCAAGAAUGCAAAAAAAUAUGAUAACCAAAUUUGCAGAUUAUAUGUUGCAACAUCUAUAUUAGAUAAUAAAAAUAUUAAACAAGAAUUAAUCAUUACUGAUUUAGAUUAUCAAGUAAGUGAUAAUAGUAAUAUUGAAGAAAAGAUAACUACCAGAUCUCAUAAUCAAAAAAAUCAAAAUUUUAAAGAAAAUAAAGAUAUUGUAGAAGAGAAACAAAA